AUGGAUGAUAGCGUCGUUGAAGAAAGCGCUCCCGCGACCGCUCCCGCAAGCAGCCAAGCAGGCGCAUUACGCGAUGAUCAAGUGCAAAAUGCUGUUCAGUUCCUGCUCCAUCCAAAAGUGCAGGCGUCUACCAUGGAUGAAAGGAAAAAAUUCUUGCAGAAAAAGGGGCUUACAGAAGAGGAGAUUGAAGAGGCUGUACGCAUCGCACAGCCCAAGCUCGAUCAGGUGUCAAGAUCACAAGCAGCGGCGAAGUCUACGUCAAACACACAGCAAGCGAAUAUCAAAACCUCGCAAUCUCAACCAAACAUGUUGAGUUCAGCAUCGCCUUCCCGAGGGUCGCAAGGAAACGAAUUACAGAGCUCGAGCUCCACUCAGUCAAGCUGGGGAAAGAUUCUACUGGCUUCCAUGGCUGUUGUGGGACUCGGAUCUGGGCUUGGGGUACUCGCAAAAAAGUACACGAAAGAGCAUCUCGCAGAUCUUUGGGGAACAACAGAUAAUGGUAGGUCAGUAAGAGAGAGGAAAAAUGUAGAGCACGAUGAGAGGUUGAGAGAGAUCUCUUCUUCGAUUCACAAACUGCACGAAGCUGUGGACAGGAACAUCAAAGAAGUUUCUGACAUGAACCGAAGACUUAUUGCGUUAGAGUCAGCUCCAUCUUUGGAUCAUGUCAAGACGGAGAUCUUGAACACAACUCAGAACAUGAUCACCAGUAACAGUCUGUCUGAACUGCAACAAGAAGUGAAGUCGCUCCGAACCCUCAUGCUGAAUAUUGCAACCCAGAACGGGGGGAAUGGACCUGAAGACAAGAAGAGUGAAGCAGCAGCUCCUCCGAUGGCCAAGGUCAUCGAUCAGGUGGAGGUGAAGCCUUCGUCUUCUGCGGAAAUUUGGCAAAUGCUGGAAAAGUGGGACAAGCAGCGUCAGGUGCUGGAAGUGCCUCGGGCAGCUCAAAGGGCAAAGGUAAACCUGUCGAUCCGUUCUGAGUACUCACAGAACGCUGCAAUGUCUGCAGAUGAUGAGCAAAUUUCGUGUGCUGACUCUCAAACGAAGCAAGAUGAUACCUCAGCCGUGGAAACGAACUUCAAAGAAGUCCUUGACCUCGUUCAGGUGCAUUAUCUUUCAUUCUACGUGCAGAACUGA